AUGAGACUUUUAUGGAGUUUACGCGGUUUACUCGCAAUUGCUUCUCUUGCAGGUAAGCAUAUCUACUGUUCGUUUAUCAGUGGCAGAAUUUUUUUUGUAUCCGAUUUGAGAGUUUCAGUGAAUUCAAUCAACUGAAUUUUGCAAAGUUAACAGGAAAACUGACAAGACUGCUGGAAGAUUCUGUUUCGUACCUAUUAUUAUCACACCUUUGUAUUUGCACUUCAGUGUCAUUUAUCGCCCUUACCCCACUGCAAGUUAAAACCCAAAAAGAGAUAUAAAAAUCCUUGCAGUCCUCUGCGUCGAUAUUAGUACUGUUUCUCUUAUUUGCCUUAUUGAAGAUUGCAAUAUUCCUCAUGCAAUUUCCUAUUUUGGUAUCAAAAUUAUCCCGGCUACUCCACAUUCUCAACACGACAAGAAAUGUUUUCAUAAGGACUAAAACACAUAUUCAAGAAUCAAAAUAUUGUAAUUGGUUUCACCACAUUUUAAGCUAAAAUGCUCCAACUGUAUGGGUUUCUGAUUACAAAACAAGGCUGUGCUCUAAGGAAAAUCGAAGGAGCCCAGUGCUCUGAAACUGUAAAAUCUACGGUGCCCGGCAUAUGAUUUGUAUGAAAAAUCUGAAAUUUUCUAGUCGCCCGAGGGCAAAAGUUAGGCGCCAGGGGCAACUGGGCUCUGCUAGAGCACAGCCCUGCAAAAGAAAGAUAUUUAAAAUCCAAUGAUUUAAUUCUCAUCGUAAGACAUAGACCCUCAUCCCUUUUUUUGAAUCCUUCGUCCGAUUUUUCUCCUUAAAGCCAGGAGUGGUGGCGAAUUCAGAAGUUCAGUUGAAAGUUUUACUUAAAAAAAGAUGAGCGGAAAACAAAAAUUUCUGUCCUGUAUACUUGCGAUAAAUUUUGUUCACUUAAUUUCAAGAAGUUGAGAUUAUUACGAGUUAUCAUAUCACGGACAACGUUUAGGCUUUGAAUGCCGUUGGUUAAAAUUAAGUUCAAAGUGUCAACCGGCCAACACCUUUUGCCUCUUUUCAUAAAUUUUCCCUUUCAUCUCGAAUGGUAACCAAAGUUAAAAUAAAAUAAGUCAUAUAUUAUUAGAGACAAAAAGUUCAAAAAGUUCGAACCUCUAUGCACAGCGCAAUAAUAUAGUCUGAAAGGAUUGCUGAACUCAUAGACGGGACGCCGGUCAACGUAUUUUUUCCCAUGUUUUCCAAGGCUCAAGACGGAAACACAAGGUUUCACUUGAAAGAAAUAGCAGAAGAUUUUACUUAUUAUUUUCUUUGCGUUAUGGGCGAAAAUUAACCAUACCUUUCUAUUCAAAUUAUGGAGUAAAAUUUAUGAAAAUCAUCCGUCUUUCUUCCUAGUAAACGAGGGAAAACAUAGCCGAAAGUAGGCUCAGCUUACAGCUAAAUAAAUUUUGUGGUACAAAACUCAGUAUGCACGUCAAAUAUUGAUUAUUUCUGUAGGGAAACUGGUGAUCCAAUUAGGUGGUUUUCACGUUACGUCAUCGCCGCCAUGCUGGUGGACGGUAUACAAAAGAUGGCUCAUUAGCUCGUUUUGUUUGUCCACCAGCAUUUGUUCAUUUCACCAUUGUUAUUUGUGUCUCCCGAGAUUACAUGAAAACCACCUAUAAUUUUACAGUCACAGCUGGAAACGAGGCUGGAGUUGACCUUGUUCUUGCUUUAUUAUGUAAAUCAUAUUGUUGUUAUGCUAAUUAGUAUUUUUAAGCAUAAUUUACAUAAGAAAAGGAAGGAGGUUUGUAUCAAAACAAGGUCAACCUCAGCCUCACGUUCACUCAAAGGCUAGGACACCAAGCCCAAAACUGUAAAAUGGCCUAUUGCAAUAAAUAAUUUAAUGUAUUGUUCAACAUGUUCAAGGAAAUCAGUACCAUUCAAGCUCCUUUGAAUAAAAAGAAUAUCGAAUUUAAAACUCAUUGUUUUUUCAAACGAUUUCCGGUCAAAAUGACCAAACAACCACCGUUCAAACGUUUGUUACCAAUGUUUUUUCGAAAUGAACACAGUUGUUGUUCCAGUUAAAUGGAAAAUUUUCAAAUUAACACUUCCUAGGCGCUCUUCUAGUUUUGAUCGAGAGUUUUUCGUAUUUGUCAGCUUAUAAGUUCUGUAAACUACGUUUAAUAUCCAAUUUAAAAGCUAUACUGAGUAUACUGAGCUUUGCUCCCUUCAAAGUCUGUAAUCAGGGUGAACUGUAACAGCCGGGAACUUAAGUAUCAGAGAAAAACAAAUGGGAAAUUUCCACCGAAAUCCGAUUUUUUCAUUAUCACCCGUCUCCUCUUUUUCCCAAUCGCUUGUUUAUCGCAAUAACUCACUAAAUCUUGUACACUAACCUAACUAAAAUUACCGAGGAGGACGUGAAGACACGAGGCUUUUUCACACCCCAGCGGGCUAGAAAUUCGAUAAGAGGUUCGCCUUAAUUUGACCUUUAUCCUAGGAUCCCUUUUUAUAGGGGCACUUAAAGACAUACAUAUUACCGUAGAUUUUAUUAGCUUUUUUUUUUUAUUUAUUCACACCUUAGAAAAUACUUGCAAAUGUGCGGCCUUCUUAUUGGGGUUGUAAUUCAUUUUUGUCAACAGCGUUCAGCAAGGCAACCAUCCAAAUACGUAAGUUGAUUAAAAGUUAAUAAUAGACAGGAACAAUUGAAUUUAAGAAAAAAAACUAAUUUUUUUAUCGUUUUAAGAAAGUGCACUUUGUUUUGUUGUUAUUUACUUGCGAGUUGGUAUUAAAGUAAAAAUCAAUUCUUGUUCCCCCGUUGGUUACUGUAUAGUUAUGUUUUCACACUUUUUGGUAAAAUUCUCUUACACUCAUGUCUAGCUGAAUUUUGGAAAACAUUUCCCGCCAAAUAGACCUCUUCCAUCAAGUAGUAUUUUUUCGGCCAAAAACUAUCUUCAAAGUAACCAAUAUAAAAUUGUAAGAGUGCAACCAUUGCUUUUUUUAACUCUUCUCCUUGGACAACUGAGCCUUUGGCUUUCUGUGGUCUCCUUACCAUGUUCACUGUUUUGAUCCUUUUAUAUUACGUUUUUUUAGGAAACUGUUCUUGUUCAACGUAAACUGUAUUGUUAUCAAGAUUAAGUUAUCUUGCAAUUAUAGUUCUAUGAAUUUUAUCUCAAAUUUAAUAUGAUGCUGUAGUCUUACGUAAAAAGUGGUGGUGUAAAUAAACAAAUGAUAAACAAAUCCUCCCUGCUCUUUCCUUUUUUUAUUUCCUUUUCCUUCGCUUUUUUAGAGUGUGAUUUUCAAGCUUAUCGGGUGCAAAAACACCUCCCUUUUGGUCCUUUUUCACUCAAAUGGCUGCAAAUUUUGUUAGGUUCGUUUUCCAAAAAUCUGCUAGAUUUUCAUCCGAUGAAAUGAUUACAAUCAGGUGCAAGCAUUUUCAAGACGCACGGACAGCAAGACACUUUCAGCGUAAAUGGCCAGUCGUGUCAGCUACAGGGCAUUGAAAGCCGUGAAUCUUGUACUCAAAAGACCACCCAAAAUUUUAAAAAAAAAAUUAAUUAAUUUGGUAGGAUACUAAAAAAGGAAUAGCACCUUUUACAUCUAAAUGCGUGAAAAAAAAAAAUCAGCAGCAGUUUUCCUUUACCCGGACGGAGGCAACAAAAUCUUACACAACAACAUUGUAAAAGGUGAACUGGGGACCAGCUGAUUACGAUUCAGUUUGACAAUUGCCUAUAAUCAAAAUUGUUAUUUCUAUCGAUGUUCUUUUUACGGGAGCGUGCUUUGCUUUAUUUAUUUAGAGUUAUUUAUUUAUUAUUUCAAUUUUAUUGUUUUUUUUGUUUUUACUUAUUUUUCCAGCGUCCAGAAUUCGCUUGAUCACUGCAAAUGACGAUAUUGGAGGGGGUCGUAUUGAGGUCUACCAUAAUGGUCAAUGGGGAACAAUCUGUGACAAAAGCUGGUCCGAGCAGGCUGCAAAAGUGGCUUGUAGGGAGUUCGGCUUCAAAACUGCGCUGUAUCCAUCCAAACGAGCCAUCUUUGGAGAAGGAUCUGGACCGGUAAUGACGAAACAUGAUCCCCCGGCGUAUAAAUAACAUCAUUAUUCGUUCAAAAUAUUUUUCUGUCUGGGUCAAAUCCUCUAACUAAUUCUUCUUAACCAGAUAACGUUGACCAAAUUUGGAAGAUGUUUUCGAUAUCUGAUUAAAUGACGUCAAUACUAUAGGAUAAAAGAGAGAAAAAGGGAAGGUAGUCGAGACGAAAUCCUGGGGUCGGGAAGAGAUUGCGUUAAUUGUUUUGUUCCGUAGCUGAACUACUGCCUAAAACAUAGCAGGAACAUACAAAACUUAUACAACUCGACGGAUGACAUCUGCUAUUGCAAGAAUGGCUGCUAAAACGUCUCUUUACAUCCUGAAUUUUCUUUCUAUCUAUUUUUGUAAUGAUAUCUUUUAUUUAAUUGCUUCAUGUUGUGUAGCAUCACAUUUCACGUUAUCCCUUUGUCGCGUUCCCACGGGUGGAGUUCGCUGUGAUCAACCACACGCUCCGUACUCGAUUAAAGUUCGUUUAUUGCAGUAUCAAUGAAGCAUAUGGUGAGAACUGAAAACAUACAUAGACACGCGUUACACAAGAAAAUAUAACUAAAAUUAAAAGGAAAUCGAGCGUAAAACAAACCUAAAAUGAAAGACAAAAAUGGAAAAGAACUUACGUUAUAGCUCCUCCAAGCGUAUUAAAGAAAGGAACAACAAAAUAGGAAAAAACUGAAUGAAAUAACUCCGUAAAAAACUCCUUGUACUCUCCGAUUAGAUCUGGUAAAAAACUCCGGGGCUAGACAACUGUGAUAAUAAUGAUAUAUGUCAAACUGGUAAAAACUUAACGAAUUAAUCAAAAAUACAAACGAGCGUAACGCAAUAUACGAUUUCACAACACUCCUCGCCCAAGGAUUGAAAAUCCUUGCUCCGUCAACAUUAUAUAAAUCAAGUCCGUGGAAUCAAAUUAUAUUGUCCGCAAGAUUAGACUUCGUCUUCCCGUUUGAGUAGAACGACGAAACUGGAAAUUGGUCGUUCGUAGGUCUUCACGUUUCCCGCUCUACAUGAAGUCACUUUGGCACUCCGCACUUUGCCAUCGGUGCUCUGCGUUACUUCUGAAAUCCUUCCGAGCGACCAGUCGUUCCUGGUUGUGUUGUCCUCUUUAACCAGGACUAUGUCACCGACAGAGAGGUUACGUUCGCGUUUCUGCCACUUCGAUCUGUUCUGAAGGUUCUGCAGAUACUCUCUUUUCCAUCUGACACAGAACUGAUCGGCCAGGUAUUGUGCCCUUCUCCACCAGUUACGGGCAUACAGGUCCUGUGGCACGAAGUUACCAGGGUGGGGUGCUAGGGGGCGAGUCUUCAUCGUAAGCAGCAUGGCAGGGGUUAGUGGUUGCGGUUCGUGGAUGUCAGAGGGUACUGCUGAAAUAGGGCGGCUGUUGACGAUUCCAGUCACCUCUGCCAUGAGAGUCACUAGUAGUUCGUGGGUUAGCUGUGCGCGUCCAAUCCCCAGUAACAUUCCGUCCAAAACGCGUCGUACAGUGCCAAUCUGUCGCUCCCAUACGCCUCCAAAAUGUGGAGGGUUAAAUAUCCACUCGCAACCUUGUUCUGCUACAAACUUCUGGACUCGUGUUUGGUCCAUCUCCGAAAGUGCUCGUUCCAUCUGUGAUUUUCCUCCAACAAAGUUAGUGCCACGAUCACAUCUGAGUUUCGUCACUGAUCCACGAAUGGCGAAAAACCGUCUCAGUGCACAGAUGAACGAGUUGGCGUCCAUGGUUUCUAGUACCUCGAUAUGAAUGGCACGACUACUCAGACAGGUGAAGAUGAGACCCCAGCGUUUUGCGUUUGCUGCACCACCUCUGAGUCUUCUCAUUGAGAUUUCCCAGGGGCCAAAGACAUCGAAGCCGACAUUUGUGAAGGGCGGGCUGGUCUCCGUUCGAUGUAGUGGUAAGUUUGCCAUGUGUUGCGUUAAGGUUGCUCCUCUCAACUUCUUGCAAUUUACACAGGAUUCAAUAAGGCUGGAUAUCAUUCGAUGAGCUCCGACAACCCAGUAGCCGGCCUCGCGAACUGCCCCGCUCGUGAUGAGGCGUCCUUGGUGAUGGACGCUUUCGUGGAAGUGGCGGAUGAUCAACUCUGAUACAUGAUGACCUUUUGGUAAAAUGACUGGGUGUUUCUCUUGAUAUUCGAGCGUCGAGUUUUUGAGACGGCCUCCGACGCGGAGUAGUCCAUUAGAAUCUACCAAGGGAUCAAGUUGCAACAGGUUUGAAUGCUUUGGAACUGAUUUCUCCAUUUUAGCAGAUGACAACCCUUUAAGCUCUGCGGAGAAGACUUCUUUCUGUACUGCCUUGAUUACAACCUGGCCAGCUUGUUCGAGUUCGGCUGCAGACGGAGUAGGCCGGGGGAUGACUGGCUUGUUUGAGAGCGCUUGAUUUCUCUCCUUGAACUUUCUUAUGAACGCAAUAAGACUUGCAAUUGCGCGCCUCAGAAAGGACCAGCUCGAAAAGCGCUUGAAUCUCUCGCAGCCAAGACUCUGGGGUGAGUGUGUUGCAGUGGCACAGGUGGUAACUUCUCUUUUCACCUCUGGAUCGCUUUCAUUGAGGGGUACCUCCAGGAGUGAAGCUUGAGGCUGAAGCUGCGGGUUUCGUAGAAAUUCAGGUCCAAGUAUCCAUGGCGAUUCUACCAGUUUCUCUGGGGUAACGCAGCGAGUUGCGAGGUCAGCAGGAUUUCUUGCAGUGUCUAUGUAUCUCCAUUGACUUGGUGCAGUUUCGUUACGGAUAUGCUGGACGCGGUUCGCGACAUAGACGUAGAAUCUUCUGCUUUUGUUCUGAAUGUAGCCAAGUACAACCUUCGAGUCUGAGUAGUAGAUUUCUUCAUCAAUUUGAACGUCAAGCUCCCUGCGAAUCAUCAUUACGGCUUGUGUUGCAAGCACUGCGGUGCACAACUCUAUUCUAGGGAUGCUCGUCGUGUGAGUUGGUGCCAUCUUAGUUCGUCCGAACAGAAGAGAAACGCUUACAACUCCAUCAUUGUUGAAUUCGCGCAGGUACACGGCAGCUCCGAUGGCCUCCUUACUUGCGUCAGAAAACGCGUGUAUCUCCCUUCUUGUGACAGUGCCGAAUCCUUUGGGGUGAUGGCAACGAGGAAUCAAUACUUCUUCCAGUUUGGGGAGUGCGUCUCUCCAUCGACUCCAGCGGUGUUUCAUCUUCUCGGGAAGUGGAUCGUCCCAUCCAAGAGGAUCGUUGCCGUUCACCUUCUUCCCCAUGAUGACGAGCUGCUGUAGUAUUAGUUUCCCUUCCAGGAUGACUGGGGAUACAAAUCCCAGAGGGUCGUACACCGAGUUUAUGACAGACAGAACUCCUCUCCGUGUGAAGGGCUUUUCUGGGAGGGAGACAUGGAAGGUGAAAUGGUCCUUCUCGAUGUUCCAGUGGACCCCAAGAGAGCGUUGCGAUGGUAGUACAUCGCGGCGUAGGUCUAGAUCUUUGAUGUUCUUGGCGCGAUCUUCUGCUGGGAAGGCUUCCAUGACGAGGACCGAGUUGGAGACUACUUUGUGUAGGCGUAAAUUCGCGGUCGCUAACAUGGCUUGGGCGUUUCUGAUGAGGGUAAUAGCUUCGUUCUCCGUGGGGCGGGAGGUCAGCCCGUCGUCUACGUAAAAGUUUCUGUGGACGAAGUCUCUUGUUUCUUUCCCGUAUUUCUCCUCGCCGUCGUCUGCUGUUUUUCGUAGCCCAAAGGUGGCUAUAGCAGGACUGGGCCCGUUGCCGAACAGGUGCACUGUCAUUUUGUUCUCUAUGAUUCGCUUGGACGGAUCGUUAUCUUUAAACCAAAGGAAUCGGAGAAAGUUCUGGUGCUUUGGGUCCACGUGAAACGAGUGGAACAUUUGUUCAAUGUCGCACAUCACGGCGAUGUUAUCCUGACGAAAGCGGAUUAACACUCCGACAAGGCUAUUCAUAAGGUCGGGACCUGGAAGAAGUUCUUUAUUGAGGGAGACCCCUUGGAACUCGGCUGACGAAUCGAACACCACGCGGAUCUGAUCCGGUUUCCUGGGAUGGUACACCCCAAAGUGAGGUAAGUACCAUGUGCGUCCCUCGCCUCUGACUCCUGCCACGUGCUCUCGCUCUGAUUCGGUGAGUUUCAAUGGUUCUUUCCUAUUGGGAUAGUCGUUUGGUGUUAACAACUCGUACUGUGGCACUGGAACCGCAUGACCGCGUUCGAAGAUUUUGCCCAUGAACUGGAAGUAAUCUUCUUUCAUCUUUGGUUUUCUAUUGAGGGUGCGAAGCAGGCCGUUAAGGCGGUUGACAGCCAAAGGUCGGUUGUUAGGCAUCGAGGCGGUAGGUGAGCGAAACGGUAGUGGCAUCUCCCAGUUUCCCUGUUGGUUCUUGCGAGUCCCCGUCUCCAUUAUUUUCAGGAAGCGUUUGUCUUCUUGCGACAAACUGACCAAAUUGUCGCCGGGUGUCGAUUAAAAGAGGUUGUCUCCAAUUUCUCCUUUCUCUGCAUAUCUUUCUUUGACCUGGAAAUGAUUUGGGCAGGGCACGAUUUCACUUUCUUCAGCAUGAUGAUGUGAAGCUUGCACGUUCCGAGGAUAACUGGUAACAAGCCUGUCUAAACGCUCCAAUGAUGUGCGGUGUGCUGAGAUGUGGACUGGACCACCGACUCGAUCUAAACACAUUUGGCCCGAGAUGGUCCAGCCUAAGUCUAGUUUCUGGGCCCAUGGCGCUCCUUUAGGUCCGUUUCUGCUAGCUCUUAUCUUCAACAACUCCGGCGCGUCCCUUCCGAUAAGGAUCUCGACACUUGCCUUAGGGUCGUAAGGCGGGAUUUCAUCGGCAAUCUCCUUGAGGUGAGAAAACUGUCUGGCCAUCUCUGGUGUUGCGAUUUCGCGCUUGUCCUCAGGGAUGUUUGUGCACUCGACGAGCUGGGGUAGCUUCGCAAUUAUGCCGGUCAGAGAGCGUAGCACAACACCGGAAAUUCGCCGUCCAGACUUUUCUUCUCUUCCACCGCUGCAUGUCGUCAGGAAGUACUUCACAAUCGGUCCGGUUGCGCCCAACCUAUUCGCUAGGUUUGGAGUUAUCAUAGAAGCAUUGCUCUGGUCGUCUAUGAUUGCGUACGUGCGAUGGGACUGCUGAGGGCGAUUCUCACAGAGAACGUCAACGAGAACAAUCUUGCUACAAGACACUCCGCCGCUGAAGGGGUUGUGGCAAACCGAAGUGCAGGCCGUUUUAAGCUCCUCGCCGUGCUCCGUACGUGUCGUGCCAGGCUUCUCUUUGUGAAGUGCCGUGGGAUGACGAUCGUCCCCGCAUUUGGCGCAUUUCACGGUUGUAUUGCAUUCGCUCGAUCUAUGUCCUGCUGAUAAACAGCGAAAACACAGUCCUGCUUUGAGAACACAUUCGUUUCUCACUGCUAGUGCUUGUUUUUCAAAGGCUUUGCAUUCGGCUAAAAGGUGUCCCUUUCGCUGGUGAUAAUGACAGUACUUCUCUUCUCCAAGCUCGGGCUCCUUCUUUGGCUCGUUUUUGCCGUCCAAGCCUGUCUUGAGGACUCUCCUAUUUGGGUCAGCGUCUGUUUCGGGAAGUCGUGGUCUGUGUUCGCGGCCUUUCGGUUUACGAUUACUAGGCUGAGCUGCUGCCAAAACGUUCGGGUGAUUCUUUAAUCGAGCUUGCUCUUGGACCAUUGCGGCAAAGUCUUUGAAGCUAGGGUAGGCAUCGUCGUAUUUCUCUGCAUACUGGACUACACGCUUCUCCCAUUUCGAGCGAAGGGAGUGGGGUAAGUUCUCGACAAUAGGGCCUAUCGCGGUUAAGUAGUUCAGGCACCCGAGUCCUGGAAGAAAAUCCAAUUGGCUGUCCACGUCAGCACAUACGUCAGCGAAAGCCUGAAGUUUGUCGCUGUCUUCUUCUCCAAAUUUGGCCGCUGUCUGAAGUCGCACUAAGAGAACGUUCGUGAUGGCGGCGGUAUUCCCGAAGCGUCUCUCCAGCUCCUUCCACACGUCGCGCAAGGCGUCGGCAGGAUUCCUAUAUUGUCUCUGACGGUAGUUAUUAACUACUUUUUGUGCAUCUCCUUUUGUAUAGCUUCUUAAGUGGUUGAUCUCCUGAUCCGGUGACACGUUUGCAUCUUCUAUCAUGGCACGAAAAGCACUUUUCCAUGGGUGGAAGAGUGUCACGUCUCUUGUGAAUAUCUCCGGGUGGCACUUAGGAAGGUUCUGUCGCGCUAACGUUGCAACUAGCCUUUGAUUUACUGUUUGUGGGAGUCGACGCGAAGGGAUUUGUUCCUCGGAGGCCAAAAAGGGGCGUGUUUCCUGUAACACUUUUCCCUGGAGGUGACUUUUCAAAGCUGGCAGCGUUUGUGCUGGGUAAGGGCUCUUCUUUUACGCAUGAGCGAGCAUUCAUGAGUUCGCUUUGAAUGAGCUUAGUGUGUGAUACCUUUCCCGAAUCGUGUUGGGGGCUUGGGUACCCUGUGCGAUCCAGUGUCUCCAUAGUCCCUUGUGUAUUAAUCCAGGCUCGCGUUAUCUCUUGUGUGUCGAUAGAGUUGUCCAAACCUGGGAUAGUAACCAUAGUGGCUUUCUCGUCUUCCUCCUCGAUAGACUGCUCAAUAGCUUUUAGUUUGGCCUCGGCGAUUGCCAGCUUCUUAUUUGCUGUUAACACAGCUUUGUCGCACUCGAAUCUUGCCCUCUGAGACUGACGUUUUCUCUCUUCUUCGGCUUCCAUUUCAAUUCUCUCCCUUUCUUUCUCGGCCAGUAAUCGGUCAUAUUCCGCUUCUUGUCUCGCUGCAGCGGCUUCGGCCAAGGCUUUCCUUCGUGCCGCGCUAGACGAGGUAGACGCGCGAGACGAGAGGGUUGAACGCGUUCGCGAAUGUUUCCGAGAACUUUUCGAAGCAGAAUCCAUAUUUUCGCUUAAAAGUGGCUCCAAGGGAUUUUCCGAAUUGUUUCCUAUUGUUAAACUCCCGCUCCUUUGUGCCAUGUUAACGUAUAUCGGCGAAAAUAUACGAAUACUGAUCUUGGGGGCGGUGCGCCAUGUGCUAUUGCAUAACCAAGUUGCUUGCUUGAUGCGAUUCUUAGAACUCCAGUAGAAUAGGUCGAAAUAAGCUUCUCACUAACACUUCUCACUGUCGCGUUCCCACGGGUGGAGUUCGCUGUGAUCAACCACACGCUCCGUACUCGAUUAAAGUUCGUUUAUUGCAGUAUCAAUGAAGCAUAUGGUGAGAACUGAAAACAUACAUAGACACGCGUUACGCAAGAAAUAUAACUAAAAUUAAAAGGAAAUCGAGCGUAAAACAAACCUAAAAUGAAAGACAAAAAUGGAAAAGAACUUACGUUAUAGCUCCUCCAAGCGUAUUAAAGAAAGGAACAACAAAAUAGGAAAAAACUGAAUGAAAUAACUCCGUAAAAAACUCCUUGUACUCUCCGAUUAGAUCUGGUAAAAAACUCCGGGGCUAGACAACUGUGAUAAUAAUGAUAUAUGUCAAACUGGUAAAAACUUAACGAAUUAAUCAAAAAUACAAACGAGCGUAACGCAAUAUACGAUUUCACAACACCCUUAUUGUUGAAUUUUGUGUGGUCUAAAUAUACCCAUACCCGUAGUCAUUUGUUAGGCCCUGAGGUAAAAAGGCGGCAAUUAUAUCAAGUUCCUUUAAGGAAAAUAAGCCAUUCUUUUUUGCUGAUUCAUAGAUCUUUAAUCAUAGCUGAUUGGAUCCCGCAUAUAGAUCUGGUGGUUGUUUCUUUGUUCAGUCCUUGCUUACCAUGCCAGUAGAAUGCGCCUUUUAUACCCCAAACGUGGCCAAGGCGGGGUACCUAACCUUAAACAAGGUGCCUGGGCUUCUAUCCUCCCAUUCAGGGCCCAUUUUCUAAACUUAGUUCGAUUUUGUAUGUUUUUUUUUUUGCAGAUUUUCCUAUCCAAUGUAAAGUGCACUGGAGAUGAGCACUCACUUCUUGAAUGCAAAAAUGAUGGCUUUGGUGUGACUGGAGACUGCACUCACAAGAAUGACGCUGGAGUUAGAUGUCUCAAGGAAGGUAAGCUACUUUACCAGAAAUAAAUAUACCAGUUACUUAGUGCUUCCCAUUUUGCCAAAAUUUCCAGACAUUUAAGUCGAAACAUAAGGAUCCGAACUAUCUUUCAGUUAUGUUAAACUCGGAGAGGGACAAACUGUCAAUCUGGUUUAAAACAAACAAGCUUUCUCUAAAUCUUAAAAAGACUAAAUUUAUGGUCUUUCAACCGAGACAAAAGCGUUCAAUUUGUAACGUUCAAAUAAGUGUAGAUAAUCAAAAUAUUGUUAAAGUAAAGGAGGCAAAUUUUCUAGGAGUGAUUUUGGUUAAAAACCUAAAUUGGAAGUCGCAAAUAUCACACGUUGCAAAUAAAGUUGCGAAGUCAAUCGGUAUAAUAUCUAGAUGCUGCUUUUUUCUUCCUAAAUCGUCUCUACGUAUGCUCUACUAUUCCUUAAUUUAUCCCUAUUUUUACUACUGUAAUAUAGUUUGGGCUUCGACCCAUAAAAUCAAUCUCCGCCGCCUUGUUAUCCUGCAAAAGUGCAUCAUUAGAAUUAUUAAUAAAUCACAUUUCAAUGCUCAUACAGACCACAUCUUUAAGGACCUCUGUAUACUAAAAUUUACUGAUAUCCAUUUGCUUUAACUGGGCCAAUUUAUGUAUUCUUGCAAAAAUUCAUUCUUACCUCCAAGGUUUAAUAACAAUUUCUCGCAAAGCAAUCAAUUCCACUCUUACAACAAAAGAAAUUUCCAGGCCGACCGUCUAUCGUAUUGUCGUACAAACACUAAGAAGUUCUCGCCCUUUUUUCAAGGGCCUAAGUUUUUCAAUUCACUUGACAACGAGGUCAUCAACUCUCAAUCUCCUUUCCUCUUUUAAGAAAAAACUGAAGAUUAAAUUAUUGAGUAAAUAUGAAAACAGUGCAUAAACCUUUCCAUCUUCGACUUUUCGCCAUCUUUUCUUUAACUGAUGUUUAACAGCUCUAACCCGUAGUUCGAGGAGGCCAAACCUCUCAUAAGCUCCUAUAGUUUCUGUUAGGUCUCCUCGCCACUUCUUUUUUUCUCUCUUUUCCUUUAUUUUUUGUAACUAUUGUGUGGCAAUUAAAAUAAAAUAAAUAAAUAACAUAAAUAACAUAAAUAGAACUCUUCUGGCUUAGGCAGAAAUUUCGUGGAAAAAGUUGUCCACCUCCAGUGGUGGUCUUCUUUGACCGGUGGUCCCGGUGUGAUCCUUAAAAUCUAUUUCAAACGUCUUUACUGAGGACUUUUUUCCUGAUCUGUGAGGAAUCUGCAACAUUUUUGUAUUGGACUCGUAUAGAAAACAGAAACAGAAAUGUUUUGGUUUGUUCGCGGCGUUUCCGGAGAUUUUGUAUCCGGAAUCUAACGCGAAUUUCGUGUCUGAAUAUAAUGAAACGGUUCUCUGAUUUACCGAUGUGCUUAAACGCCAGCGAUGUCGAAUUCUCUGAAUCUAACGAAGCCAGAAUUACUAAUAAAUUCGGAAAAAUCUACUAGAGUAAACCUACCUUCGCAAAUCCGCGUUUCAUCUUUCAACUUGCUUAGUUCCACUGGUCUCUGACCAUGUAAAGAGGCAAACUGAUCUGGUGGUUGUGAAGGAUCUUUUCAUGAUAUCUGCCGACGUCGCUUUUGAACUUGUUUUAUAUAUGGAAAAUUGCGUGCUUUGCAACAUGCGAUGUUAUAGUUAAUUGCACCUUGCUUUGCUUAUUCCUUAGUUUUUUCUUUAUGCGCUGAAUCUAUUCACAUUUUAUUAGUUCUUUCUCAUGAAAAGUACAGUGCCUAGAACUAUGGUUGUAAAAUGACCAAACAUUUUCUGCCGCAUAAUCAUAACCAAAGAGUACUAUUCUGUUGUUCGCAUAGUAUUUGAGCGGAGCCUAAUAUGCUAGUUGUGUUUCCUUCUUAGACUCCCCUGAACUGGACUACUUGGGCUGCUGGAUAGACAAUCCUAACAACAGAAUUUUGUCCGAUUUGUACUCGAACCGCAGAAAAGAUAUCAAUUGGUACAACAUCGGAGAAACCGUUUUGAACUGCGCAAAGGAUGCUUCGAGCUCUUCGAAAGACUAUAAUCUAUUUGCUGUGCAAUACUUUGGCGAGUGUUGGUCCGAGGAAGGAAAUCCUGAUUACAAGAAGAUGAGGGUAUCACCCGAAGGUUGCCAGUAUGGUAUGCUAUCUUUAAAAUUCUCUCUUAACACUAAAAUGGCGCGAGCAGUUCAUCAAAAUCCACAGGGAACGUUUUGGCUUUCACACACCAGUAGCAAGAUAGGUUUCGAAGACUGCAAAUAUCUUUCAACGCACAAUAAACAGCACCACGGGAAAGUACUUUCCGUAAUAAUAAUAAUAAUAAUAAUACUUAUAUAGCGCCCAUAUCAAUAUUGCUAAUUUCAUCAGCGCUUAAAAAUAAAAAUAUUAAAAAAAAAAAAAAUACUGACUAGACUGCAUAAAGUAUACAUGCAAAAAGUGCAUGAACCUACCGAAAAGAGUAAAACAAUUAUGUUAACACUAAAACUAUAACUAGGGUAUAUAAAAGAUAGUAAUGCUGCGGCACAUUCUGUUGAUACUGGCAUUAGUUAGGUGAUAUUGAAUGUCCUAUUUACACGUUGGAAAGUAAUAAUUACCAUCAGUCUAUAGAAAGAACUCGUGGGAACGUUGUUUAGAAAAUGAUCAUUACGACAAGUGGUUAUCAACUCUGGUUUUCCCACAGUAAAUUGUAGGAAAUGAUUUAUCCAUAUGUUUAAUAUAGGGUGUACUAUCUUUUGACUCGAAACAAGAUACUUUUCCUGCUUUUUAUUGCACUUUAUUAAAUAACAGUUAUUUAGGUAUAUAUUUAUAGAAAAUGACAACACAAAAAAACGGCAAAAAAAAAGGAAAGAAGGGAAAAAAGAGUUUUGUAGGACUCGAACCCAGAACCUUCGGCUCGAUACGACUGUACCUAACCGCUACACCACUGAGGCUGAUAAGGUAAUCUUGGGGGAAAGUCUUUGAUUAAAUGCCUUUGGAUGAACCUCCCGCCGGCAAGAUAAUCAGGCUCCAUUAACUGGGCUAUUAACAGUAAAAAACAAUGCAAACGCAUAUUCCAUGGCAAUGAAUGAAUGAAAGAACUUAAUUAUGCUUUACAAACUUUACAAAACGACGGUACACGUCCUCGUCUGCAAAGUAGGACACAAAACAUGUUUUGUUACCUCGAUUUCCGCUGUUAUUUUGAAGCUAAUGGUGAAAAUCACGUCCAUUUUCGGCUCAUACAAGUUCUUAAGAAUAGCAUGGCAUGACAUUUUCUCACUUUUGUGAUAAUUUGUAUAUCCCCCGUGUUGCGGGGUCGAAGAGCAAAUGCUCAUCUUCUCGUCAAGUUUAACGCCUGGACGAGUCAAAGGCUGUUGAUUUGAAAUCCUUUCCCCAAGUUAACCAUCGUACUCAUCUGAGAGACUCGUGCGUAUCUUAAAUUUGUUAAGACCUCUAACCGUGCUGUAGAAAAUUUGCCACAAAGGAAACUCUGUGUCUUGGCAGCGAACGAUGCACGCUCUUCGUCGUGUUUACAUUUGAGUUAUCCCUGUCGCAAUGCAGUCUCGUAAAAAAUAGCGCAGUGCACUCUGGUUAAAUGCAAUGCAUUCUGGUAAAAAAUGUGGUUAAAUGCAAUGUAUUCUGGUAAAAAGUGAUAAAUUCGAGAAUUCGUCGCCCCUUAUAUAUUUCCCUUAAAUCCUGAUUAUGUUGCUGCUCGCUCCCUACGGUCGGUCAGCAGCAAAAAUUACCUAGACUACUAAAAACGAGAUUAAAAAGCACAUAAAAUCACAAAAAAGCUUUCUGAAAUAAAAAUGUCUUGACUGUCUUUUUAAAAGAUGCUACUGAGGGGCUACUCCUGAUUGAAGAAUUCCAUAGUUGAGGAGCAGCAGCAGCAAAAGAUCGAUCUCCUAACGUUGUCAAAGUCUUGAAUUUGACAGGGUUUAGUAGCAGUCCAUCACAAUCGGAGCGUAACUUGUAUUUACAUGCUUCUCUAAGACUAAGAAGUUCCUGGAGAUAAAAAGGCGCUAAGCCAUUGAUAACCUUAUACGUUAACAAUAAUAUCUUGAAGUCAAUGUUAACUGAGCUUUUUUAAUUUUUUUUCGACCCAAAAUACCCCUAACCUUGGGGACUUAAGUACAGAACUACUUCAGGGUUUUUUGAAGUUGUUCAGAAUUCUCGAAGUUCCUGUUUUACGAGUCGAUUUUCUAUUUCUGCUGAGUAUUUUUAGAGCAAUAAGGUUGCUAUAUUGACACACCCAAUCGCGGUUUUCUUUUCUUUUCUUAUUUUAUCGUAACAAAUGUUCUAGAAACCCCUCUCUGCUGACCCAGAGCCUUUAUAAUGAAUACUUUCUUGGACAGGUGUUGGAGACCUUUCCCACAGUGCUGUGUAUGGAUUCAAACCUUAUUUUGAUCUGGGCUGCUGGAACGACAAACCAGGGAAUGAUCCAACAAUGGUCUUUCUCAGGGAUCUUAGCGGACAUAUCGACUGGUAUGAUUUGGGAAAAACAGGUACGUAGGACAACGGUUAUAAAAGCCGGCCAAAAAUACGAAGACGAAAACGAUGGUGUCCAUUUUCUGUUUGGAGCUCCCUGACAAAAUAACUUGACGGCGCCUGUUACUCAGGCUACACAAUCUUUGGUCUUUGUUUCGCAAAAAGUGAUCAGAUAAAACACAUAAGAAAGUAAUCUUUCGGGUUUCAUAACCAUUGUACGUUUAUUAACCAUGCCAUAAACAGUAUCUUUGUACUUUCAUUGUCGGCUUUUCGGGCAAGAGUCGUUUCAUUCUUGGAUGUGAAUGGGUGGAGAGGAGUUUCGAGCGUAGGAAGGGAAUAAAUAGAUUUUUUAUUGUUUAUUUGUUAUUAUUUAUUUUUAAUCUUGCAGUGACUGCUUGUUACUACUUAGCAAAGCAGGCAGGAAAGAAAUACUUUGCGGUUCAGCUUUUUGGCGAGUGUUGGGUGUCCGAUGAUGACUUGAAGUAUAAGAAAUAUAGCCAGGCUACAAAUUGUUACCAAGGAGUCGGCACUAACUGGUCCAAUUAUGUUUACAAGAUACGAGCGUAAAGUAAGAAUGGUGCAUUUGAAUAUAUUUAUAUAGAUAUUUGCGCCUUAUAAGUUUUGAAAUUAUAUUAAUUAACUUAAGAAAGAAUUUUGAUGUAAAAUAUGAGAAAUUGUGCAGGAUUGCACCGUUUUGUGGAUUGGCUGUUAAGAUGGACCGACACUGUACAGUCAAUUCCCCUUAAGAUGAAUAAUACUGUUAAAAUCCGUUAUUAACUUCACACUUUUCAGUUUUGUUUGUUACAGUGAGAGAAAUGAACUAAAGAGGACACUAAAUAUGUCUGCGUUCGCAGGCUAUCCAGAGUUGGUCUCUGCCUUUCUUUUGCAUAAUUACCGCUGGCCAGUUAUAUACGUGUGCGGCGCGAAGUCGUAGGGCGGGAAAAAAAUCAAGAGGGAGAGAGGGGGACCCCCUCGCUCGCUGUUCCUUCUUACAUCUCUUUGAGCCGUCCCCAAAAUCUAAACGCCUGAAACAGGCUAAUUUACUGCUUGAAAACAGAGCACUGUGUUUGUUUGUUUGCUUGUUUUAGAGUUAUUACUUAUGCAAAAAACCUUGAAGUGAUAAAUGUAGUAAUUUAAUAUGGUAAUACCUAUUUGUCUUUUUCUCUCCUUUCAGUUUAAGAUGUUCAUCCAGUUUCCUGCUAGAGGCUCUCCUAUUCCAGCAAUCGACUUCUUUUACCCCGGCAAAAUAUUUUGAUUCCUUGAACUUAGUAAUUGGCAGUUUAACAGACAUUUAUUGCACGUAGACAAACGAUUUCGAUAAGGGAUGCUCAUAUAAUGUAAUUUGUAUCAUUAAAGACAUCCGAAAUAUCUAAAUAGAUAAGAUAUUGAUGAGAAAUAAAGCAAUUGAACUGAAAAUUGAACUUGUUUAGUCCUUGAGUUACGGAUUUCACCCCCGAGGGGAACUCAAAAAAGUUUUAUACGGCUAGGCGCCACCCCGAGGUCCAAACCCUUACUUUUUAUAUAUCAUUUUUGACCAAAAAGUUACCCUUUUCCUAUACCUUCUAUUGAGAAAUGGAACUACUUUCACAUACCUUCCUUCCUUCCUUCCUUCCUUCCUUCCUUCCUUCCUUCCUUCCUUCCUUCCUUCACAAUAUGUUGUCGACGGUCAUGUCGCGAUAAUUCUCAUCCCCAGUUUCCACGGUCUCCACUAGGAAUGCGGCCUGGGACCCGCGAUGACUUCCUGGGUAAAUUUUUGCUGGCCGUAUGUGCCGCUGGCCUCUCAGACCCGUACCCCAUUAUAGUCUAUUCUGUGACCUAUUAUAGACCCCAUCUUAGUCACUUUUGGGUAAAUAUAUAAUUUUCGCGAUCCCAGUUUGGUCACUUUCUAUUUUCACGAACUGACCCAUUUUUUACACUAAAUGAAGACUAGAACACUUUACCUUUCCUAACAGUUAAUAUGAAGAAAUGUCCGUACCCCAAAAAUACGAAAAUGUGCGACCCAAUUCUAGUAACUCUGUUGAAAAUGCUACCCCAUCCAGCGGCACAUCCCCAUUAGCCUCUUUUUAAGGAAGUAGCGCCCUCCCCGGGUUUCACGGAUAACCAGGUAAAACAUUUUUUCUCGACCAUCUCAUGGCGGGGAGGCGAUGAACGGUUAGGCUGAACCCCCCAGCCUCCCCUCCCAGCCCAACGGCCACCUUAUUUGUGGUCCUUGUACUCUCAUCGUUCUGCCUGUCGCGAUAGGACUAGCCUCUGCGGGGAGGCUAUGAUAGGACUGGAUGUCUAAGAAAAAGUUAUGUAAAAUUGGUAGUCUUUACACUAGAGCCUAAAUAGGCUAAGAAAUGUUUCAAGACAAGUAAAUUUUAAAUUCUUCAAGUAAAAGAAAGCUUCACACACAACCUAUCUUUUUUACUUCAGGUUUACUUAAGCCUAGUUUCCCACGAAACAUAAUUAAGAUUGAUUGACAUGCUUCGCCUUUUUCAAAGCUUAGAAACCGCAAGUUCGCUAAGUUGGUUUUAAGGAUGGUUUUCAUGUCACUUGAAACUUUCUUGAAUUGUUUCAACUUUCGAUCUUUAAUGAGAUGCAAAGUUUAGUUCCUUGAGAUUGGUGAUGUAAAACUUAGCUGCUAACAGCCUAGUCUAAAGACAACCAUUAACUCCCAGUACACUCACUCUCCCAGAAAGGUUUUGGAAAAUUGGGGAUCUCAUGACUAACACGUGACCCGCUUCGACAAUCUUUGAUUCAAGAUGGCGGAACGUAGUGGAGAGAAAACUCCUCUGAUAGGAAGCAAAGAUUUAUAUGGCUCUGAACAACAACUGUCUGGUUGCGGAGCCACAGUUUGCUGCGACCCGCGAAGAAAUCUUCAUCGUUAUUUUGUUCUGGGUCUAAUAUGCUUCUUGAGCUUCGGUAAGACUCGCUAAUUCUACUGUCAAGAACGAAUCUUAGCUCGCAAUUUCGUGGCUGCAGUUGACGGGAAAAAAUAGUGAGGAGGGUUUCUUUCUUAUAGAAUCUCAACGUUAUUUAAGCCCACCGACAGGACACUUUCCUCAGUCCAAGUAAAAAUACAGUGAAAGGUUAAAACAGAGAAAGGGCACUUGGAAAGUAGGAGCUUUCAGGUCACUUCCGGCGAAAGACACUUUAAUUUUGUUUUUGCCACAACAUUUUAUAACCUAACUCUCCAGACUUUUAAAUGCUAAAAAUUGUCUAGUCCUAGGUACAAAGAGAAACUAUUUCCCCGGGGGGAACUGCCAUAUAUGGGCUACUGAUAGGGACUAAAAGUGAUAGAGUUUGGGUCUAGAGUUAGGCUCGACUACCAGCCGUUGUUCGGGAAAAUGAGCCCGCACUCAUCUCCUCCCCCCCCAUCUCUCUUCGGGGAGGAUCAAAGACUGUACCCACGCUUGGAAGAAAUGGCCACAAAGAAAGGGCACGCGAAGAAGACACACAAGGAGAGAGGGAGCGUCUGCCCGAGAGGCCCAUGAAAAUCAUUUUUACUGGCUUUUUGAGAGUGUGGAAAGUUUCUAUUGGUUAAGAGGCCCAAUUUGAAAUGAAAUACACAUUAGCAGAAGUGGCGACAGACAAAAGAUUUGUCUAAUCAUUGAUCAGAGGAAAUAUUCUUUGUUCAGAAAGAACUUCACCGCUUGCAUUGUUGAUUGAGCGCAUACCAUCAAAACCUGGACAAUAUUGAUGAAAUGAAACACUUACCAGGGGUAUGAAUUUGAAAAACCAUUCGCUAUUGUUAUUAUUUGCUUGAAGGUGACCUGAUUGAUAUUAAUGUCUCGUUGCUGCAACCAAUAAAAACGUCUCGGUACAGUUUGUGUUCUGAAGUUUAGGUCUGUUUGGUAAGACGUCUACUCCAAAAAUGGCUGCCACUUUGUGCAGUAAAGGCAAUGGUCAUUUUCCACAUAGGCUGUGAUCUUUGGUGUCUGUACAGUUGUGAUUUUGUAAUCUCAGAGAUCAAUAAUUAGCUUUUUAUGAUACACAGCCAUUUUUGAGUCAGUGUUUUUUAUUUUUUGUAUUUAUCGUGUCUUUGGUUAAGAAUGAUUUUAUGCUGUGUGUUUACUGUUGGUUUUUUACCCCAUCGCUCUAUAAUCAGAUAACACAGCUGAUCUUUAUAACACAUAUAUGUACAAUGCUUUGGCACCCUUUGUUUGUGUGAGGUCAAUCGAUUUCUGUCAAAAUAUUUAACAGAUUAUGCAGCAUCUGCCAGGUAAUUGGAUAGAGGGCAGUAAAUGAUUUUCAUGGGCCUCUAGGGCAGGUGCUCCCUCUUCCUUAACGUGUCUCCCUCGUGCGCUUGGUUCUCUCUUGCGCCCAUUACUUCCAAGCACCUGCUACAAAGGCUAGUCUAGAAUAGGCUAUCCCUUUCCAGGAAACUGAUCAAUUGGUUGAAUUUUCAAAAUUUCAAACUGGUUUGAAAAAAGUUUGAACCCAGAAAAAAAUUGAACUAAAGCAUUCAUACCAAGGUUGUUUUAUCAUGUCAUAUAGAUUAUUGCUUUCUAAUCAUUGCUUUUGCAUCAAAAGAUCAGUAUUAUCAUACUGUUUUUGUCAUCUAGGAAGCUAUUAUUGCUAUGACAAUCCAGCAGCCUUAGAGAAUCAUAUAAAACAGGUAUUUAUAAAGUCUUCACACUGUUUAGCAUUCUAGUAUCAUACUUAUGAAGAGGAUUAAGUGGAUCUACCUCUUGUAUAUACAUUAUCAUGGCAUCAUGGGAUGGUUACUGGUUUAUGAUGACUAUUUCAUGUCUGCUAAGCUAGAUCACACAAUGGAGGAAAUUAAAAUAAUAUUGGAGUACAACUUGUAUUUCGCCCUGCAAAACUUUUUACUUCGGAGCCUAAGUGUAAAAAAAGUGCUCACGUAUUUUGCUCCCACACUUGUGAUUUUCUUCAAGUCUUUGACUUAAACAAUCACUUAACUGUUACACUAAAACAAACUAUGGUUUGCAUUUGAAUUAUGUUAUUCUCACAUGAUCAGCUCAGGUGUCCCACAUGAACAUGUGACUUUUUCUCCAUUUUUGAAAGGCAGCAACAUCAGUUUGCAGUUGAAAUGAUCGUUGUAUUACUAUGUGUUAGGGAAGAAUUUUUCCGUGUGGAAAAUCAAUUGCAAGUGAUAUAUGGUCACUGCUUAGUGAUAAUACUUUGAGACGGUGGUAGAGAUGUUACAGCAGAGUUUUCUCCUAGUAUUAUUAAGAGCAUUUAUCUUUGAACCAUGAACUUUUGUUAUUAUUAGCCUUUCUAAAAGGGAAGAAAACAGUGACAAAACCAUUCAUAAUAAUUUCUUACAAUUCUCAGUAAUAAUUGAUUCUACAUUUUUUAUUCUUGACUCCCGUCGCAACCAAACUAGAAGAGCCAGUGUUCAGUUUUUCAAGUCAUUGUGUUAUUUGUUGAAGAAACAACUUUUAGAGCCUUUUAAUUUUUGACAGUAUGUAUUUCUUUCUUUCUCUGUUCUCAAGGACAUGGAAGUACAAACUGAUAAAUAUGUGUUGCUCUACUCGCUCUACUCAUAUCCUAAUGUGAUUCUCUGCUUCUUUGGUGGAUUUUUACUUGACAGGGUGUUUGGUGUAAGGUAGUAAUUUUUCCCUCUGUCUUUAAAUCUUUUAAUUUAAUUUUAAUUCUAAAUCAAUCCAUUUUCAUAGCAUUAAUUGACACGUAUAAAACAUGAAGAGAGUAGUGGGGAAGGACUAACAGAGAACAUAAGAACCAUACAAGCUACAAUGAGGGACCAAAGUGUUGAGGCACUUCUAUAAAAAGGCCCCUUUUUGCAUCGUGGAAAUAACUGUUCCCUCCCCAGUGUACUCUCACCCCUAACCCCAAAAUCAAUAUUGUAUUUGACACCCUCAAGUCCUUCUUUUUCUACAAACAACAUUGGUUUGGGGGUAGGGGGAUUUAUGGCAUUAAAACAGAAUUAAAUAACAUAUGUACACAAAUGAAAAUGUUGAUAAAAGCUCGUGUUGUAGACAAGACAGUGUCAGCAACUUUUGUCCCUGAUUGUAGUCCAUCCAAAUGUAUGAAAAGAAAAGGAAAAAUGUCCAAGAAAGUGACAUCUUUAAAACUGUCAAUAAUAAGAACUGAAACCAUGAAGAUACUUUUGUUAAAGGCCAGUCAGGGUCAAAGUCCCUAUUCUUUUUCUUGCAUUAUUAUAACUCUUGGUAAUGUUUUUACAUGUAUGAAGUAUCACAGGCUUAGUUUUUCAGUCCUAAGCUUACUAGGUAAGUUAUCCCAUAAAAUGAUAAUCUAUUUAUAUAUCACUGAAGGCAUUUUCUAGAUGCUCAUUUUCUAAUCUUAAAUAAAUUGAGCCUCCCAACUUUUCCUUCAACAAAUUAUAAAAAUAAGUUUGUGAGGUUAAAUAUAAUUGUUGAUAAAGUAGUAGAAAAUUUUAGACUCCUCCUCCUCGUUUUUUUUUUCUUUUCUGACAAAGGCCAGGUAGUAUUCUGUAGGUGAGAGUCUUCAUUAGUCCUGUCUAGUUUCAAUUGUUUCAAAACAAACCAAAAAUAAAUGAGUUGCAGGCAAAAAGUGAAUCAUUACAUAAUACAUCAGGGUGUUCAUCAGGCAUUGGAGAUUGGAGAGUUUUCCAUUUACCACGCAGAAUUAUCUGGAUAAUGUUAAGUAGCUUAUGACUAGUUUUAUUCAGAUUUGAAGCCUCUUUCAAAAUGUUCUCCUGUAAUGUUACACCUUUCUCUUGCUACCACAAUUCUUAAUGAAAACCCUGAUACAUGUGCUCAAAUACUGUCUACCUCUCUUAGGCUUGGGACCAUCAUCUUCAGUUUGUUUGUGCUUACUGGUCAGGUGAGGUUGCUUCAAAAAUGAACUUUUCUCACUUUCUCUCCUCCCCUCUUCUUUUACUUUUCUUUUGCCACUAUUUUUCGUUUUUUCACUGGGUAUUUACUAGGCUUUAUUUCAGUGUCAAAAGUUACCCAUUUUGGGAAACGAUUUAGAACCAUGGAAUUUGAUGGGGUUACAGUACCGCUCAAAAGUAAGUUGGCAGUCAAUCAUGUCUUGAUCCUUGAGACUUGAGACUCGAUUCUCAAUUCUCCAAAAUUUCCAGGAUCGAGUCUUGAGUCUCGAUGAUCGAGGAUUGAGGAUCAAGUUUCAAAUUUUGAGUUUAUGAGAACUUGUCAUGAAAGCGCACUCGUACACUUACCUUUCAUUCUAAAAAUUACCGCUCUAUGCAUUGGGUGAGACUCGUUCACUUUCAAGUAAACAAAGCUUGCACUUUGAACGCGAAAAAUGUUCACUUCUGGUCUCCUGUUAAUAGUCCUUUUGAAACUUGCUUUUUAGAAGUGAAGGCAAGACACAUAUAAUUAUAUGUAAUAGCGGUGAAAAUAUUGCCAUGCACAGUGUACAGUUGUAAUUCUUUUUGACUUUCCAUCUUUCUUACUUCAGUUUAGCAGUAAAAAAGAGCCUUUGUUUAAAAGUGAACAAUAACUAAACAACUCUGUAGAUAAUCGAACUCAAACCAAAUCUUUCAACCAUAAAUCUUCUUUUUAAAAUCAUUCCAAAGCAAGAUCACAGAUUCACACACUUAGUUCCAAAAACAAGAUCUUAUUUGUCUCACAAAUCAAUACCACGAGGUCUGUCUGCCUGUCAAUUCUGCAGAUUUCUGUAGAGUGCUCGCGCAUAUUUCCUUGUCACUUUCUAUCGUUUGAAGGAAACAAGUUUGAAAUGUUAAAAUGUCGUGUGCACAUGUUAAAAUGUUGCUUCAGCAAACAAGGUUUGCGGUGACAUCAGCUAGAUUUGUGUAAAUGCCAGUUUUAUAAUUAAUGGAGUCGCUAAGCCGUGUUUUCGAAUGAACAUGGUGAAUGAAAGGAUUGACUAAUGGAAAGAUCAUGUAUCCUUUGGGGGACUGUCGACCGAUAUAUUGGCGGACAUCUUGGUAUAUCAGUAUAUCAGCCGCUCUGUUGGCUGAUGCGUGGUCAACUCUCGACCAACUGGAUCGACCAAUGCGAGGACCGAGUCCAGAGUUUCAAGCAUCGAGUGUCAACCUACUUUUGAGCAGUGCUGUGAGUUCGGGUGGGUUUUCAUCUAAAUUUCAGGUCAAAUUUAUUUGUUUGUUGUUUUUGCCCUCUUCUCUGCCCUCCAUAAUUGAAUUGUGCUCAUUCUGUCAUGGUUGGAAAGAUCUUUUUCUCCUGAACAAGUUAGAUGGCAAUGUAGUCCUUGACCAUUAAAACUGAUGAUGUCACAAGGGGUACAAGGGGUGUAGAUCUGACAGCACAGGCGGUUACAUGUUGAUCAGGGGUGGAUGAGUUAAAAAUGUAUAAUCAAACAGACUGUGUUUUUGUUCAGGCUGUUGGUUACCCUACAUGUACAUUUACGUACAUUGUUAUUGUGGAGCAUUUAUUUUGAGCAGUAUGCUCACUAGGCUCAUCUAUUUCAUCCUUCUUUCUUUUUUAGCUCAUUUUUGCGCUUGGAGGUUACAUCCAUAGUUUUACAGUGAUGGAGAUAGGACGAUUUGUUUUUGGGUAAGUGCAAUAUUUAGAAAUACUAUGUAAUACUAGGAAGUGAAAUUUAAAUUAUAAUAUUGUUGUGAUUUUGACAUGAACCAUACAUCCAAGGCACAAUCAAGAAUCUCUUGGUCAUCCCGAGGAAACAAAGGCAGAUACCAUCACUUGAAAUAAACGCACUUUAGAUAAUCUUUAAAUAAUACAGUUGAUGUGGUUCACUUGUACAAGUAUAUUCCAUAAUAAGUUUAUUAAAUGAAAGGAGAGGCAAAGGAAAUUUAGAAUCAGACUGGGUUGAAACCAUUUUAACCUGAAUUUCAUAUUGAAAUUUACACCAAAUCACUGAGUGUACAUAAUUAUGUGACAAAAAGACUAUUCAGUACACCAUUGAUUUGACAGUAAUAUGUAAUACUACUGACUAGAUGUUUUGCAACAUUUUUUCAUGUUGUAUUGUUAGUUUAGGAGGAGAGAAUUUGGCUGUUGCUCAGAAUACCUACUCUGUGAGUUGGUUCAAAGGGAAAGAGUUAAACAUGGUGUUUGGUCUUCAACUUAGUUUCUCUAGAGUGGUAAGCUUGGACACUGCAGAACUGCAAGUCCUUAACUUAUAAUUAACUAAGAGAAUAUUUACAGCUAACGCUGCAGGCACAAAACAGGGUUUUAAUGGGUGGGUUCACACUUGAAGUCAGACCAGAAGACUUGAAUGAAGUCCUAACCAUUUAGUGAGCAUGAUUAGAAAUGACAUAUAACUCUAAUAGCAAGGUCCACUGGCCCUGGAAUCUUGUGCAAGAAGGAAAGAAUGAUCUGUUUCGUCAGGGCUUCAAGUAUUAAGACAUACUUUCAUUAUUCUUUCCACAUGUUUUCAUAGUACUGGGCUGUUGUAUGUGAGAAACCUAUGAUCAGCUACGGUCGGCAAGUUCCACUGGUUGUCUAAUGCCCCUGGAUUAUCUUUGAUAAGUGCUUAAUGUUUUGGUAAAGGAUUGGUAGUUUGUAGCCCUUAAGGUAUUAACUCACCAUUUUUUUUCUUUUAGGGUAGCACAAUCAACAUGAAUGUAAACAAUCCCAUUUAUAGUGCAUUCAGUAAACAUUUUCCAUCAACAGAUAGCUACAAGGCUCUGGGAAUGACAUUAUUUAUUGGUAGGUAAUUCUUGUACAGUAAAACCUGUAUAUAAUUUAACCCUGUAAUUAACCUCUGGUAUCACAAAUGGAACUCUUUGUCUCCUUUGCAGUUAUAUCAAAAAUAAAUAAAUGUACUAGAUUGUGUGGUAAAGUUGAUAGUUGUUAGCUGUUAAACAACAAAUUCCUUAUGUUACAGGUUCUGUACUGUCCAUAAGUCCUCCUUACAAUGAUUAAAAAAAACUUAAUUUGCCUGAAAGGAAAGCUCCAGAUUGUUUCCAGCAUGGCCUGAGCAACAUGACUGAUGGCAUUUUUUAUCAUUAAUUUUAUUAAGGUGCUGGAGUUUGUGUUUUUUCACUUUGCUGUGGAUUUCUGUUGGGUUUUCUUGACAAGAGGGCUGCUCGUAUUCUUAAGAAAGAAGAUUCACAGACAGGUUUGCAAUUAUCUUUGCAUUGAUUUUUUCAUGUUAUUUUUUGUACAUGUUAUCUAAAAACAGCAGAAAAUUAAGAUUUUUCAUACAGCUGAUAAUUAUUUUUACUAGAGAAAAUCAGCAAUCAUCACGUUUUGAGACAUUGUUUAACCAUUCCUUAUUAUACAUUGGUGGUUUCUAUAUUAUAGGCCAGAAUGCUUGUAGGGGAAAGUGGGCUGCCCUCACUUCUCAUCAGCAUGACUUAUUUAGUGUUAUUUUGAUGAAAAUAUUUGUCCUUUUUGUAGGGGAAGUAAUCCGCUUAUCUGAUGUCAAAGAUUUUCCUGCUACACUGUGGCUGAUAUUUAUUAUAUGUGUUGCGUACUAUGUGGCCAUCUUUCCAUUUAUUGCACUUGGCCUGUAAGUACAUGUAGUUCAAGAUCUGAUUUACAAAGAACCAUAGUAAUAAAUUGUUAAUAUUUGUAAUUAAUAAUUAUUAUUGAAGAAUCUCUGAUGUGGUUCAUAACCAUAGUCAAUACCUUAAAAUGGCAAUUGUGUUUGUUGAGUAACAUAAUGUACUUCUAGUAAUGUGAACAAGGGGGCGGGAUAUUGCAUACAGUGGAAUUUAAUGUAAGUUCAUUCUCCUUUCACAGGGAAACCAGCUCAAUGAGUAUUGUGUAUUCCUUUUAACGAGUGGUCACGAAUUAUUGUGUUUUGAAUUUCAGUGCAUUUUUUCAAGCCAAAUUUGAUAUUAGUCCCCAAAGGGCUGGAGCAGUGAACAGGUCAGUACGAGUAUGAAUAAGUAACCUACUGGCAACAAGUUUAACAACAAGUUUUCAUUUAUUAUUUUGCUCCUUCAAAGUGACUGCAUAACAUUUCCUGGGAGCUGGGAAGGAAUAGUUUUCUUUAUCUCUUGUAGGUUGCUGCGAACUUUUUUUUUCUGUAACAUUGAUGUUGAGCCAGUUCCCUUCUAAAGAUAUUCUUUCUUUUUUCUAGUGUGGUGUUCAUUAUUUCUGCUUGUGCUUCUCCAUUCCUGGGCUUCAUGGUUGAUAAAGUAGGAAAGAAUGUAUUCUGGGGUGAGUUCAUUCAGUGAACAUUUCAUCUUACACUCUGUUCCCUCAGUAGCCUCCCACACUUUACCCCAUAACAAUACUGUAGCAAUACAGUACCAUUUGGCCAACAUUAGUGAGUUUUUCUUAAAUCAACAUAAUUUGUUAUUAUUAGCUUAUAAGAGACGUCACUGUUUACAAACAUUAUCUUUGUUAUUCAUAUUUGUAACAAGCUCGUGAAACAAUAGAAUCUUUUGUUUCAAGAACCCAAGUGAUUCUGGUUGACACAAUAAUAUCAUUAGGUGUCCAGACUGUUGGGUAAGAAUAACAUUGUUGUAGAGAGUUCAAGAGUUGUAGCCAUGAUGAAAGCCACCACAAGAGCAUAGCCUUAAUGCGAUUCAAAAGACACCUAAGGUUUUCAGCCUGUUAUUUUUUUUCAACUCCUUAAUUCACGUGCCUGUUUUGUCGUUUGUUGUGAUGUUUUGUGGUUUGUUUAGUUACUGUGGCAGCCACCAUGAGUUUUCACUGUGCUGGACGGUGUUAAAAGGCUCUUUUUUAAAUGAUGUGUUCUAUUUUGUUUAGUUAUUCUAUCCGUGGCCGUUACCUUGGGUUGUCACUGUAUGUUGGCCUUUACUUUCUGGGAACCAUUUGUCGCUAUGGUAAGUUUUAUUUUUCCAUUAUUUGAACGUUUCGUUUUGGGGGAGGGUGGUGGUAAUUUCACAUUGCAAACUUGCAAGUUGGGUACCAUUUUUUUUUCUAUUCUUAAAAUUUAACAUAUUACUAACCCCUCCAGAUCUGACACAAUAAUAAGACCAUGAUAAUAAGAAAACAAGAUGACAAUUGAAAGGAAGCUUCAGUUAACAAUCUUUAAAGAGAAAGUCCUGUGUUCAACGAGACAAGGCAAAAGCAUGGUCACAAGUCCAACCUUGAUAUUUACUGGAAUGUUUACUUCCCCAAGUCAUAGAUAUGUCAGUUAUUAAUAGAGUAUUAGUUUUAAAUCACAUUAGAUGUUCUCUCUGAUGUUUUGCGGAAUGAUUUCUUUUAUAUACAUUGUACUUCAUAAUAUUCUUCCACUUCAAGUAAUGACAAAAUGUGGAUCAAUCAUUUAUGUUCCUUUGUUGCUGUUGCAACCCUUCAUGAACUGGCAAUUCCCAAGAAAGCAUCAAUCAAAACUAAAGUGGUCGGAUCAUACAUUUGGCUAAUCAGUUGAUGAGACUAAGGGGAAGCCUUGAAAAUUGUUAUCAGAUGAUGUGAUCAUUGUUACUUUUAUACUGCAGAGUAUUAUGGGCGUGGCAUACUCCAUGUUGGCUUGUGCCCUGUGGCCUCUUGUUGCUUUAGUUGUCCCGGAACAUCAGCUUGGCACUGCUUAUGGAUUGUAAGUAAUUACAGCUCAAUAUUUCUGAAUUAUGUUACCCGUAAAUCUUUUAUAAUCAUCUAUGGAUAGGUAAUAGUUAGACUCAGAUAAUGUUUUAGUCCACCAUAACUUUCUUUUCUGCAUCUUCACAUGUACGUUUCCUUUUUAAACAGUAAGUAAAUCUUACUUUUUUUUUGUGAAGUCCAACCCUGCAAAAGACAACUAACCAAAAAAACAAACAAACAAACAAGAAACAACUGUAUUUCACAUGAAAAACUUUACAAGUAUAAAAAAUUAACGUAAACUGAAAAGGGCAGAGGAAAUAUUUCUCACAAACCGCAGUUAGAGUUAAGUCUUUGGGAAAGAAAUUCAGGUAGCAUUACGGUCCGUUCUGUUAAAUUAGGACACGUCUAUAUAUAAGACGUUUAUAUUUAGCAAUUAUUCCACGAGUACCUUUGGAUAUGAGAUGGUGGAUAAUAAACGAGGCGCAUAGCGCCGAGUUGGCUAUAAUCAUGUCAUAUCCAACAAGCGCGAGUGGAAUGAUUGUUUCAUUAAAAACGUCCACAAAAAAUCGAGAAUUCUUCGCGACUUUAUUUGUAAAAACAACCGAGUUUCAGCUUGUUUUUAAUUUUGAGCAGAUGCUUACAGCGACCAUAUUUGGGGAGCUUGGCAUAAUGGUUCAUAUACGAUGAUGGUUAAGCCAAUCAGAGCUCUAGAAUCGCAUUAUGCAAUGAUUCCGCUUUUAAUAAUCAUAAUAAAAUAGAGGACAUAGCCAGCUGGUAUAUUUACUAUACAGCUGUACGUGUUGAUAGUUGCUGUAUGGAGAGUUAUCGUUAUCCGUUUAUUUUAGUUUCUUUCCACUGGCCCUGGGCUCAUUUCCCAAACAGGGUCUGGUCAUCGAACCUUCCUGUUUUGAUUCUCACUACAAUUAUCUACUUGUCAAUCUCUCAUUCUAUUACAGUAGUCCUUGUAACACUCUGCUAUCUAAAUCUACCUUCCCACGCAAAAGUUCUCGCCGGCUUUCAUUUGAAUGAUCAGUCAAAACACUCUUCUUUUCUUUCAGCAUGCAGUCCAUCCAGAACCUAGGAUUAGCUGUUAUUUCACAAGUGGCUGGAACCAUUGUUGACCAAAAAGGAUAUCUAGUACUUGAAGUAUUCUUCUGUGCCUGGCUUUGUGGUAAGAUUAUUUUAGUAGUGUUAAUUAUGUCUGUCUGUGUAAGUUUCUAAGUGUUUUCUGCUCUUUUAUGUGUAGAUGAGCCAGCUGGUAAAAAAUGUUUAUUCUUCUCAGUAUACUUUUUUGUACAAACGAAUCCCUGUUAGUGAAACACACGAGGGUCGUAAAUGUCCCAGAAUACAUUGGUCGAGCUACUGUAAUACACUAAUGGUCAAUAAUGUGAUUACAAUUGUAACUUCUUAUUGCGUUGCAGUCGCACUGAUUGCCAGUAUAUUGCUGUAUUUGGUGGAUGCUUCCAAGGGUAAGAUUAUUUACAUGUAGGUGUGUCUUGACGUAUUCGUCUUUAUAUUUUUUUGUUAUGAAAGUUUUUCUUUUUUUAUAAACCUUCCCGCAUCUGCAGGCCGCCAUUAACGCCAUUAAGUGUGGCUUACAUCUCUACAACACGAAGUAAAUCAUACUUCAAAGUAAUUUAAUUAUUUAUUUACCAGCUUUUCUGGACACAGGCCUGCCCAGAGGGAAUGUGCACGAACGGGACUCAGGUCCCAUGCGAGGUGCCAUCCCUACCCAAUCCCACAACACGUAAAGGUUGGCCACACCACCGGGGUCUACGACCCCUACUCUUUUCGAACAGUAGUGUGGGUUCUUUUACGUCCCACAAGAACAGAUCAGUGAAAGUGCUGUGAGACGGGACCUACGGUUUUUCGUCCUUAUCCGGGAAGACUAGAAAGUGUAAACAUUUGCAGAUGUAAAGACCCUGAGUGUUGGUCCGGCCGGGGUUUGAACCCACGACCUCCCGCUCGGCAGACCGGCGCUCUCCCAACUGAGCUAACCAGGCGGUGUAAUCAGAUAACUAUUGUUGCUAUUCUUCAGAUGCCAGGGCAAGAAGAAGUGAUAUGAAAGCAGUGUCUGAUAUGGAAUUUUGUUUAAUUUAUUGACUGCUUCUAACAUUUGUAGGAACAGGCCUCAACCUUUCAACUUUUGAAAGAAAACAAUUAGCAGCAGAAAGCAGAGUAACUCUGUAAGUAUGGCCAGUACAAAUACAUAUGGACAGUAAUCAGUCAUCUUACACAGUACAAGGUUUAGUGUGUACAGUUCAGUUCAGUUAAUUAUGCCUAUAAGUAUCUGAAACGAAACUCAUAGGGCCACUUAUUUAAACGCAGUUUAGCCAGUGUCGACAAAACCGCGUUCUAUGCCAUUUUCAGUUUGCCGAACGCUUUUAUGUAAACACCAUUUAUCGUGAACGGGUUCAUAAAAGCAUAUGGCGUCGACUAGGAAAGCAUUUUUCUUCCUAAAAUAACCCACUGAGGAAGAGAUCUGGAGAUUCAAAGGUUUCCUUAACCGCGGAGUUAGACUUCGUGUACUAUAACCGGCUCAUAGUGACUGGUGAUGACUUAAUCGCAUGCAAUUCAUAGAGUGACAGCUUGUUUCUGUUUUCUGGUAAUGUUCGGGUAGUCCGCAAUAACUAGUGGAGAAUCACUGAUGAUCGCAAGUUCGCGGAAGUUUGGGACUGGUUAAUUGCCCCUACAAAAACCAGGCCUCUGGCCGUCGAGGUCCACUGAGCUUUGUCUUCACUUAAGUCCUCACGACGGUGGUCACCUUUCUUCAGUCCUGCUCAGAUAUUGUUAGCCUAAGCCAUCUUUCAGAAACUCUUUUUCUAUUUUUGUGUAGAGUGUCUUCAGAGGAUGAAGAAAGUCGCAAGCGAGAUUAUAAUGUUAGUCCUAUUACUCCCCGGUCAGCGGCUCAACUUCGAUUACGUUUCUUAUCGCGUGUCGGACAGCAGGUGAGCCCGCAGUGAUCCCAUAGCUAAUUAACAAUUAUUCCUCGAGCACUUCGGCCUCGUGGGCUAUUGACUCAGAGGCCAUUAGGGCGAUAGGAAUAAUUGUUUUAGUAAAAUCCAAUUAGUUUGCCAAAAAUAUCGAGACAAAACAACUUAAGCUAGUUAAAGCAAGACUUUAAUCCUUUUUUUGCUUCCCAAAAGCCGGCGCUUUUCGCUACUAGUGGGCUAUAACAUAUAGCCUAGUAGUAGCUCAACCAAUCAGAACGCAGCAUUGAUACUAAUAGACCACUAGUUGGAUUUUACUAAUAACUGAUAAACCUGACAAAAUCAGAUUCUUUGGAGUGCAACAAGAUAACUACCAGCAAAAACGACAACUCCAUGCAGAAUAACAAGGCAAAUACAAAAAUUCUUGUUUUUUAGCUUUCCUUGGAACAGUAGCUCUUCACGAUAUCUUUAUUUAAAAGCUCACUUCCUAGUCGAUAUUUUUGUCAUUACAAGGUCUUAAAACGCAAAAGUUAACCUCGUUUUACGUUUCUAGUUAAGGAAUGAAAAGGCUCGCAUAGUUGCCUCUUUGUAGAUCAUGACAUUAAACAAACAUUUACCUUAACACUCAUUUGAUUACUCUUCUUUUCUUUUCUUUUUAUUUUCACAGUACUUUCAGCUUCCAGAGACUUACAGAGCAUCUGCUUUGGCUUAUCCUCAUGUUCUUAAAUAAAAAGCUGUUGCACUUAGAUCUCCUACCACACAAUUAUGGCAUGAUCCGUUCAUCUUCAUCGCCACUAUGAUGGUCAUCUUUCUUUUCAGUCAUUUGUAAUUCCUGAUGCAAAGUCGAGAGAAUUAGAGAAAACAGAAAAUGACUUUGUCUAUGUUUACACUCGUGUCUGCUCAGUGCUGAUAUGACAGAUUAGCUGUGCAAAAAUUUACUUAGCAGUGGAAAUAUGGCCUUUCAAAUUAAUUGAUUAACUGUUAUAAUAACUACAGGUAAAAUAUUGAAUGAUAUAAAUAUCUUGAGCAUAAUUUUGCGUAAAGGAAGCUAGCAAGAGUCGGAACCUUCUACCAACGACUAAACUACCUUUUUAUUUAUGUUCUCUCUGUGGCUUUUCUUUCUUUACAAAGAAGAGAGAGAGAGACUGAAAAGACUAAAAAGACGGAUACGUUGAGUAUGUUUCUAUUGGAGCUGGAUUUUCUGGCGAUGUCGUGAAUUAUCUGAGGGAAUGAACGUCAUAAAAAAUAAUAUUAUAGAUAAAUUUAAGUAGUUUGCUGGUUUGAACAAACAUUUCUGCGAUAUUCCGCCGUCGUUUAUAGGACAUGCCAGCUUAUUCAUUCUUAGUUCAAUAGAACGCGUUUGUUAAAAUAAUUAUAAAGAUGCUUUAAGCAGGCAAACAGUUUCUCUGUCGAUUUUGUGCCUGCGAAGAGAUGUUUUGUGAAGUAAUUUUAUAAAGACAAUGCAUACAACAACUGUUGGCGGUUAUCAAUAAAAAGGUUUUGUAGCGU